AUGGCUAUUCUCCCAAACAUUUUUUUUCUUCUGUGCUCUGUGAGAAAAAAUCAGUACGAGUUGGGAGCAACAUAAGUGUGAGUAAAUGAUGACAGGAUUUUCAUUUUCAGAGGUGACUCUAUAAUUGUCCCAAGCUACUGAUUAACAACAGUAUGUAAAUAUCUAGAAAUAAACCCCUUAAGGGUAAUAAAGGUCUUAAACUCCCUGUCACAGUUUAUACUGUGCUAAUGACCCGCUGACUGUAAAUACUGUAAAUGUUUAUUCAUCUCAUUUUCCAGUUCCAGCAGCUUCCUCUUCUCCAGCCAGCUUUGUCUUUCUGUUCUGUCAUGUGCAGUUGCUGAUUUCGAAGCCACUUUAAGUCGCUCCCUGCAGUAAUGAAUAUGCAUGCUUCAUUAUCUCGCAUGGCUUCAACCCUGCGUAUAGAAUGCAUACAGAAAUCAACCAUUUAGCUCUCUGUCGAAAUACCAUUUGCAAUACGUUUUUCCUGUUAAGGCCAUCAAUUUGUAUGGUAUGUAACCAAUUACACAACCUGGUUUAUACACAUACAGCUCUUCUCUUUCGGUGCUUAUCUGUGUGCGAGUGUUUUUUGUAGGCGAAGACUAGGUUACGCGGUUUUUAUCCCCUGCAGCUUGUGUGGUUCAUAGUUGUCCUCACGGGGUUCAUGACACAGAGUGAAUGUAUGGGUCUGUACUCUUCCUGAGGGCAGCAAGCUUGCAUAACCGGUCUACCUCUCUCUGCUCAACUCAUUCCUGCCCCUGUUCUCAAACCUGGAGAGAGAUUUUUCAACGUGGGAGCGGAACGAGACAGCAUUCCAGUUUUCAAGAAGAUCUUAACGCUUAAUGGUUUAAAGUGCACGCUGAUCUCGGUUUGCACUUCGCGGCACUCUUCUUUCACUUUCCUUCCUUAACGGGUAGUUUUACGCAGCCUACGGUGUCACGUCGUUCUCCUAGAGUGUCACUUUUUUAGAGGGUUACGGAUCAUUUGCCGUAAGCUUCACACAAGAGAGAAUGUUUACUUUGGUAUCUGGAUGUAGAUUUUUGGUAUUGAGUGACUCAGAUGGGCGGCCGAGUGUCGGUAAUCUGUACUAAUCCUCUAUGAAAAAGACGGCUUACCGCGGUAAAUUCUGCUCAGCCAGCAAACUCACCCCACAUGCUGGUAGAAAGACACGGCCGGGCAUCAGAGAGCGUUUCACUAAAUCUGUUAUGAGCUUCUAGAUAUCGAUACGGAGGUGGAAAAGACCCAGGUUAAUGAGCUCAGCAAACUUUGGCUUUUUGUAUUUCUGUUAUGGCUUCUAACUGUGGGCGUUUGUGCUUUGUGUUGCGAGCUGUUUUGUGGUCUGGCGUGUUGUUUUGUGCUCUGCCGCUCCUGCUGUUUGUUUCUACCACCUACUUAUCAGUUCUUAAAUUAUACAGACAAUUUCCCAGUAUAUGUCCUAAACAGGAAAAGCCUAAUAGGUGUUGGUUCAGGUGACCAGUCAUUGUCCUUUAUUUGCUGAACUAUGUCCUUCUUCUGUUCCCAUUGGUGGGCUUCCUGCCUGUGAUGAGUGACUGACAGUCCAGAAAGGCUCUGAGACACAUUCAGCAUCACCCAUAAAUAGGCUACACACACAGGGAUGCGCUCCUACAUUUACAAACAGAGCUCUGUGAUUGGCUCGCAGGCGGAGCACACUGGGAUGAGGACGUACUAUUUCAGUGCGGACACACAGGAGGACAUGAAUGGCUGGGUCAGGGCCAUGAACCAGGCUGCAUUGAUGCAGACCCAUACAGUGAAGAGAAACGAGUCGGAUCUUCCAGACCCAGUGAACAUUUCUGAGAAACUCAAGCAGCAGGCUGUCCCUCAGACCAACCACAUCAACAGCUACGUGAUUCCAGAGCCGGAGGUCAUCCAAAGUGAAGCGCUGCUGGAGGAGAAGCAGGAAGGACUUGUCGGAGAAGCGGAGAUUCAGUUUGCUCCGAGAGAGAUGGAGCCGGCGAGGGGUAAAUCUCCAGCGAGCAGGAUCGUGGAGGUGGAGGUUUUAGCUCCAGGGUCGACACCAGCAUCCCAGGCCCCGUCUCGAGCUCCUUCGAGGGCCGUCUCGACCCCGCCAGUGCUGAGGAACGGUACACCCAUAGAGCAGAACGGCAUGCCCGGGUAUCAGAGGGGGCCUACGCCGUCUUCUCAAACUCCUAUACAGGUACAGAGGAGGAGUGCACUGGAGAAGGUGGAGAACUGGGUCAAAGUACAGAAGGAAGAACGCCAGGGGUUUGUUUCUGCGGAUGGCACAAUCCCACGUCGGACCCCUUCCAUUCACCCGAAGUACGGCGCGAUAGACAAGUACCAGUCUUUACCAAAGUCCGUGCGGCAAAGCCCCCCAACCGCUCACUGUCAGUUGUCCAGUGAAUACAAAUAUUCCCAUGACCGGCUAAAUCACUUCCAGAUGAGCCACAGUCACAGCCAGCGACCCGUGACGCACGACAACACCGUGUGGCAGCUCUACGAAUGGCAACAGAGACAGCAGUAUCGCCACGGCAGCCCCACGGCCCCCGUUUACACGCCGGCUCCUGACUACUCCACCGCCAUCUCCUCCACCAGAGUCAACUCAGACGUCGCUCGCUCCAUCUCCGUGCCUCCGACCUUGUCAGACAUCCCUCCACCCGGGCCUCCUGGACCCAGACUGCUGUCUCCACGCAGACCCCACACUCCUGCAGAACGGGUUACGGUCAAACCUCUGGAGGACAGGCCCACGGUGGAGGUGCCACCGUCAAACUCUCCUCACCGUCUACGCCCCUAUAAGUCGGCCACAAUAGAAAGACGCUCAGUGCCUCCAUCCGGCUACAUCACACAUACUGUCAGUGCGCCCAGCCUGCACGGAAAAACACCGGAGGAGCUCACCCUUCUCCUCAUCCAGUUACGGAGACACCAGGCCAUGAUGGCAGGUGUGCGCAACAAUGCGCUGGCCCACCUCCAGCAGUUGUCUCGGGUGAAGGCUGAUGACACAUACAUGGACUUGAAGAAGGACCUGGAUUAUUUAGAUCUGAAGAUGAAAAGUUUAGAGCCGUUGAUCCUCAUGGUUCACAGUGUGUUACAAACCUGCACUGCGGGGGGUUUGAGACCACUCUGGAACGUGAGUGGGACAGAGACACUGAAAGGACGGCCGGCAAAGCCAGUGAAGGUGGCGGAAAGUGAUGUAGACGUGACACUGAGUCGAUUGUGUGAACAAGAUAAAAUACUCCAAGAGCUUGAGUUCAGACUCAGUGGGCUUAAGGAUGAUAAGGACAAGCUUGAGUCUGUUCUGGAUGUGUCCCACCAGCAGAUGGAGCAGUACAAGGACCAGCCGGCUCACGCUGAGAAGAUCGCUUACCAGCAGCGACUUCUUCAAGAGGACCUGGUGCAUAUUCGAGCUGACAUUUCUAGAGUUUCAACGGAGAUGGAGAGAGCGUGGGAGGACUACAGCAGGCUGGAGCAGUCCGUGGAACAGCUGAGGGACGUCCUGCAGACUCAGAUGAAUCUCUGCACAUCCCCUCAGGAGAAAAAUCAGUUGAGGCGGGAGCUCUGGAGGAUAGAGGACGUGAUGACUGGACUCAGCUCAUCCAAAGAAACCUUCAAAAUCACCAUAGACUCAGUGAAGAACCCAGAGAGGAAACUUGUGCCUUCAGUGAUCGAGUCGACAGUGCCUUCUCGAUGCAUGACCCCAUCCGCGUUCGAGGUUCGGUCACCCCAACGCAGUCUUACCUCCAGUCCGUUAUCACUGCCCAUGUACAACGAAGAUCUUCAGCAUCCUCACUCUGUGCCAAAAUGGGAAGAGGAUGAUGCUCCACCCAGACCACCUUUGCCCCUCCUCUAUGAUGAGGACACACCCCCUGUUGUCCCGCCCCUACCUAAAGAAACAUCGGUCAUCAGACACACUUCUGUCCGUGGCCUCAAACGACAAUCUGACGAGAGGAAACGUGACAGAGAAAGCAGCUACGUGAAUGGAGAUUGCAGGGUGGAACUGCGGUCCUACCUGAGCGAACCAGAGCUUCCUGGAGCAGGAACAGAUCAAGUAGACCCAGGCUACCUGACUCUUCAAAGAAGAGGUCUCUCAGGCUCCUCAUCCAGAAUAAACCAGUAUGGUCUGACUUCCUGUUCACUGAGAGGAUAUUCAGCGUUAUCGACAACAGAGAGACCAAAGAGUGCCUUGGAGCGGCUGUGCUCGGGAGACUCCCAGCCCGAUCACCCGCCUCAGAGAGGGAGGAUGAGCGUGGAGGAGCAGCUGGAGAGAAUGAAAAGGCACCAGAAAGCUCUAGUGCGCGAGCGCAAACGUAACUUGAGUCAGGGUGAGCGACAGCCCGUGGGCUCCCGCGCCUCCACUCGACCCGUCGGCUCUGACCCAGGAUCAGGAUGGGAAAAAGUCAUUGAUUUGCACCGACCAAAACAGGCCUUGCAUGACAAAUCACAGCGGCUGGGAUCAGAUGAAUGGCUGGCUGUUGAAGCCCGGCCAAUGAACGCACAGGAGCUGGAGCCGGAGCUGGAGGCUGUGGACUUUGAGUUCGAUCUCAACCGAGAGAUGAACUCAGCGUAUUGUUGUCAGCUGUGUACGCCACAGAAGGUGUCCAUCCCGGAGAGACUCAUGGAUGCGGAGUCAGAUGACGAAGACCUGAGUCCGGAAGAGAAGGAGACUCGUUCUCGCACCGUAGCAAAGAUAAAAAACCUACUGUCCAAGUCAAGUGUGAAGUCUAUCGGUGCAGAGCAGGUAGAUUUGGGCGAGCUGGAUGAAGAGCUGCAGCAGCAGGAGAGGAUCAUGGGCAUUCAUCGAGCUCUCGCCACAGAGGCCUCCGUCAAGAGGAAGCAGGUCACAGCCAAAGCCAUGUCCAAGUGCUAGAAAACGUUGAGAAGCUUUCGUGGGAACCCAAAGAUCAAUUGUUUUGUUGUUGUUUUUUUAUAAAUAAGCCUUCAAUCAUUCAGGUUCUCUUUUGUUUAGAACUUUUUAUAUGUGAGGUUGCGUCUAUUAAUUUUACUGACGAGCACUUUGAAAGUUAAACUUUCAGUAUUAUAAUUCUUAAUUAUAACUGUUUCAAUUUUCAUAACGUUUUGCACCAUGUAAUCAUGAUUUAAGGUACGUAUUCUUUUGCAGUGUUGUGUAUCGUGUAUAAAAAAAUUGCAUUUAAUUUCAGCAAAACUGAAAACUGUCAUCUUCAUAUUAUUAGACUGAUUUUCACGCAUUGACAAGACAACAGACCUAAAGCUGUAAAUAAAGUGUUUGCACAAAGUUGUUACAUAUAAAA